AUGCUCAUUCGUUCUCGUCUCAAUGACCAGCCCCCCAAAGCCAAGGCCGGUUCCCGUAAGAAGCCUGCACCUGCACCAGGUGCUGCUGGCAAAGCCGUAAAAUCCACAAAAAACCCUCUCUUUGAGGCCCAACCCAAAAACUUUGGCAUCGGUCAACACAUUCGUCCCAAGACCGAUCUCACUCGUUUCGUCAAAUGGCCCGAGUACAUUCGUCUUCAACGCCAGAAGGUCAUCCUUUCUCAGCGCUUGAAGGUUCCCCCCGCCAUUGCCCAGUUCUCCCACACUCUGGACAAGAACACCGCCACACAGCUCUUCAAGCUCCUUAACAAGUACCGCCCAGAGAGCAAGGUCGAGAAGAAGGAGCGUCUCGAGGCUCUAGCUAAAGCUGCCACUGACGCAAAGGAGCCUGCCAAAGACAAGAAGCCUCUUUUCGUCAAGUACGGUUUGAACCACUGCGUUGCCCUCAUCGAGGCCAAGAAAGCGUCCCUCGUCGUCAUUGCCCACGAUGUUGACCCCAUUGAGUUGGUCGUCUUCCUCCCCGCUCUUUGCCGCAAGAUGGGUGUCCCCUAUGUCAUCGUCAAGGGCAAAGCCCGUCUCGGUACAGUCGUCCACAAGAAGACUGCUGCCGUCCUUACCCUCCAAGAUGUCAACAGUGAGGACCAGCGCGAGCUUGCAACCCUUGUCAGCGCCGCCAAAGCCAACUUCACUGACAAGUACGAGGAACAGCGUCGUCAAUGGGGUGGCGGUCUUCGUGGCAACAAGUCUACCCAGAUGAUGCGCAAGCGCGCAAAGGCUGCUGGUCUGGAUUCCAAGGCUGCUGCUCUUGGCAAGCUUUAA